AUGUAUCAACAAAACGCCAUCAAUACAAGCAAUUAUCUUCCGCAAAAUUCUCAAAUUGAUUCCACUUUCAACAAUUUAAUUCCCAGACAGGACGUCCAAAUCGUUAACGAUACGUAUCAAGUGUCUCAAGUGUCUACGGCGGCGGUGCCAUUAUAUAUGAAUGAAGUUCAACAGGCAAUGAAUCCAAGUCAGCUUUCACAAUCUACCCAAGCAUAUAAUUCAAAUAACUCCGAUUUCUCGUUCUUCUAUUGCUUCAAUUUUCAUCCUUACCGUGUUAAUUGUGAAGAAGUACAAUUAUCAUUUGAAACGUUCUCUCAGAUAUUAAACAAUAUUGACAAUAAUUCUACUUACAAUGUUUAUGUGUUCUAUCAUGAACAAACAUUAACGAAGAAAAUUUAUAAAGUAACCUGUGAAAUGAUCUCACAUAUAUCAAUGUUUCAGUUUUUAAACAAAAAUAUUUAUGGAAUCGAAUUUAAUCAGACUGAACAACAACAGCAGAAACCUUCUAGGCAGCAUAUUGAAUAUCUUAAAUUACACUUGAGAAAUGAUUUGGCUCAUUAUUUUUCAUCCCAACAAAUAUAUGAAGAGAAACAUUUUCAGCAAAGUAAUGAAAAUACUUUUUCCAAUGACCAAUAUUUUACUCCUCAACAGGAUAAUAGUAGUCAUGGUAUGUUUCACAACCCCUAA